AUGGCAAGAGGCCGAGGACGAGUUCAUGAGAGAGAAACAAUAGAAGAAAAAGGGAGCUCUUUAAACUCGAAUCGUGAGAAAGUAUGGCAUGGAAAACGACUGAGAAGAGGCCGUGGAAGGAGCUACAAACAGAGUCAAGAGUCAUUAUCAAAUCCAGUAUUUUCAAAUUCUCAAGUUUUUAAGAAAAAUGAAGUUUCAGUUGAUCCUUUAAGGGGUUCUAAUGGGAGCAAGAAUAACAGUGUUCCAUGCAAAUCAAGCUAUAAGCAUGCAGAAGAAAAUACACAAACUGAAGAGUCUUUGAACAUAAACCAAAUACAGCAAGAUGAUUUAAAUGAAUUAGAGGCAAUAUCUGUUUUGGAAGAGCUUUCAAACUCAGUGUCUGUAGUUGAUUCUUCAUAUAUUAAAAAAUCGCAAAAUAGCAAUUCAGAUGAUCUUUCAUCACUUAGCGAGCUUAAUGAAUCAGAAGCUGAAACCGAUAGAAUUGAAGAUAUUGAUUCUGCAUUAGAUACUCAAAAAACAACUAAAAAGUCAGUAGAACAAAAGAGUCUUGAUAUUAAUGAAUUAGCAUCAUCACAAUCUUCUGUAUUAAAUAAACAUAAGGAAAAUAAACAUGAUUUAUUAGAAGCAGCAGAAAUGUUAUCUACAUCAUCAAAUGAAUAUACAGCUUCUAAAAAAGAUUCUAAAUCUGACAUAGAUGAUGACAGCGCUCAAAGUAAAAUUAAUCCAUGUAUUGAUAAUGAAAGUACGGCAGAAGAGGAAAUAAUAGAAAGUAUUAUGGAAGAAGACGAUACUAAUAUAAAUGCAGAAGACGAUAAUUUAGAUGAAGAAAGAUAUCAAAAAAAGAAAGAUGCUAUUGCCGCUUUAACGCAGAUUGAAAUACAAUUUGCCAAACUUCGUGAUAAAUUAUAUGAAAAUCAAAUUAGCUAUUUAGAUAAAGAAGUCGACUUGGUAAAUAAAGGAAUUCAUCCUGAAUUGUCUAGUUUAAUGGAGAAAAUCACUGAAAGAAGAAAAAGAAAAUAUGAUAUUGCAGUAGCUUUUAGAGAUAUGUUAAUAAAGUCUAUUAAAGAUGAAUUUAUUGCUCAUCAAUAUGAAAUUCAGAGUAAUUUUUUGGAAUCUAAACGAAAAUUAAGAGAGAAAAUACUUUUAAGAACAGGUAAAAAAUGUUUUCAAAUAUACCAUGAACGGCGUCUUAUGGAAACGUCGUUAGUACCUGAAUAUGGAUUUUCUAUUCCUAAUAAGCGUUCAGUACAACUAAAACAUCGUAGAGCACAUGAAUUAGAGGUUACAUUUUUAGCAGGUCUUAAAGCUUAUAUUGGAUUUCCAGCUGCGCCAGAAAUAAAAAAUGCAUCUAAGGAUGAAAUAAUGCAAGAUUUAGAAGAAAUGAGAAUUAAACAUGUCUCGUCAGAUACUUUACAUAAUUUGUCUUCAUCUAAUUCCACAUUUCAAAAUGUUUUACCACAUAAUCAAGAAUUUCAUUCAAAACCAUAUUAUAAUAAUGUUCUUACUCAAUCAUCUCAUCAAAAGUCUUCACAAAGUCAUCAAUAUGCAAAUUGUCCUACUGUUUUACACUCAUUUGAUUAUUCUUCUACAAAGCAACAUUCUCUUGAUAAAUAUUCUCUUUUUAAUUGCGAUCAAAAUCAAACAUCUUCACAUGAUCAAUAUAACCGGAUAUUUGACGUAAAUGAGCGGACAUCAACAGGUAUGCAGUUAAUAAAUAAUAAUAAAUCAUUUGGCCAUUUUCAACUUAGUCCUCAAUUAAAUCAAUCUUUAUAUUAUUCUGAACCAAUGCAAAAAGACAAUCAUUUAUAUUGGAAUGAUUCUUCAUCUUUAAAGAAUGGUUUAUUGUAUCCUAUUAAAAAUUCUGGAAAUACAAAUACUGUCUCAAAUUUUCGAUUUAAUUCUUAA